AUGGAGCAAGAUGCCUCGUGCAGUGGGCGGGACACAGAUGCCAGGAGGCCCAGGGUGUUGUUGGGCGUGAGUGGCAGCGUGGCGGCCAUCAGAGUGCCAAUUCUCGCGAAGCUCCUUGCGCAAUUUGCAGAUGUCCAGAUAAUAGUUACCGAUGCAUCGAGGAAUAUGCUGAACGAUGAAGAUCUGUCGGCUCUCAAUGUGCCUGUGAAGGGUGAUGAGCACGAGUGGCAUGCUUGGAAGACGGUGGGGGAUCCUGUCUUGCACAUUGAGCUGCGGCGCUGGGCAGAUUGUUUCCUGAUUGCCCCCCUUUCUGCUAAUUCGCUGGCGAAAGCUGCGCAAGGAUUCUGCGAUAAUUUGUUGACUUGCGUGGUCAGGGCUUGGGAUUUUGACAAGCCUCUUCUGGUUGCUCCGGCAAUGAAUACCUUCAUGUGGAAUAGUCCCUUCACAUCUAAGCACUUGAAGACCCUGCAGGAUUUGGGUGCAAGCGUCAUCCCCCCGGUGAGCAAAAAGCUGGCUUGUGGCGAUGUGGGGAAUGGCGCUAUGGCAUCUCCUGACGAUAUAGUGGCUGCAACAAAGCAAGCUUUGAGAAUGUGCCAGUCUGUGCCUUAUAUAUGGGAGGAGACUGCUUCAUGA